CAGGGCCGAGGGAAACCGGGCUCAGAAACGCUGGAAAACAGUUUGUCUCGUCCAGCAGGCUGGGAAACGACUCACGUUGGUUAUUCUAGCAGCAGUGUCAUGAGUUAAACUGUGCUACCAGGAACAAAAAAAUAAGAAAGUAAAAAAAUAAGUCUAAUAUCUGCUGUGUAACAGCUGAGCACGGUGUAAAGCAUGUAGGGCAUGAUCCCAGACUGUUCUCCUCCCAGCUGUUGCUCAACAUGUUAGCACAUCUGCUGGCUUUCAAAAGAUUACUGAAAAGGAAAUUGCUUCAGUCUCCACAGAAGAGGAAGUAAGAACCGGGAAGAACGCGACGACUCAGCUUACUUUUUUCUCCCCCCACCCCCUCUAUAAGGAUGUUUAUAGUGGCUUUUUAUGGAACCUGAGGAAGAGAGUAUCUUUACAGAGGGACUAACAUAACACCAGGCUGCAAUGAGCCCGAGUUCAUCGCUGGAAAGCUUUCUGUUGUUCCUCUGGAUUUCAGUGAUCUGUGGUGGACUGGCCCAGGCUGAGCUCAUGAAAAAAGAUAACUGCACCAACUACGAGUUGGUGUUUGAACGGGUGUACUCUGUCCCCGGGGACGCGGCCAUGCUGAACAGCACCCUGCUGUCUCCGGACGUCUUUAACUUCACCGCCGUCCCGUUCAACAUCACCUGGUUCAGCACAAAGACGGGACAGGAGAUGAGAAAUGAGACAGGUCGAGUUCUGGUGCUCCAGGAGACGCUUUGGUUCCUCAACACCACUAUGGACGACAAUGGGGAAUACUUCGCCAUAGUGCGAACUCCUUCCCAGUGCUACAUGCAGUCCAUUAUGCUGGUGAUGAAGCUGCCAGAGGCCGGAGAGUGUGGAAGGCCAAUGAAAGCACAUACAUCUCUCACAAAAGACGUGGCUGAUAGAGUGAACUGCCUUCUGGGGGGUUAUGUUGAGAAACUGGACAGCUACGGCAUCAGCUCCUCCGUUAAGUGGUACAAAGGCUGUGAUCCCAUACUGGAGGACUCAGGCAGCCAAACCUUCCAGGACAGGAACAAGCUGGCCUUCCACAUGGUGAAAACUGAAGACAGCGGCAUUUAUACCUGCACUCUGACCUUUGCCCUUGAUGGGGUGACAGUAACCGUGUCGGAGACCAUCGAAGCAAUGGUCACUGAUAAGUACUCCCUCCCUCCACAGGUUCAUGAGCCGCAAAAGGAAAUGAUCAAGAAGGUCAUAGGGUCAAAUUUCACAAAGAGGUGUCUGGUGUUUGUGCCCGGUGCUGGGAUACCGUUCGAUGAUGUCAUUUGGUUGGUUGAAAGUAAGGUCAUGUUUCAUACGGACCCGUCCAAACGCAUCUACACGUCAAAUCUGCGUUCGUGGACCCAAGAUGAACCAAAGGGUGUGUGGUUAGAACGGCUGCUUCUCUUCGCCGAACUAAAGGAGGAGGAUUUCUACCUCAACUACACCUGCAGGGUCUUCAGUUCCCGAGGCUAUCCGGACGGAUAUUUUACUUUGUUACCAACAGAUCCCAACAUCGUCCUUCCCAUUGGAUUAGUGUUUGGUGGAGUGACAGUUCUCUUCGUCAUCAGCGUCACCGUCUACUACGUCUUCAGGAUAGACAUUGUGCUGUGCUUCAGGAGAGCGUUUCCAGUUCUUUACUCAAAUAAAGAUCUUGAUGGCAAGCUGUACGAUGCUUAUGUGGCAUACCCCAAUCCUGGUGCCUUUGGGUUCAGUGAAGAGGUGGAGAGGUUCGCCCUGCAGACAAUGCCUGAAGUGUUGGAACAGGCCUGUGGCUAUAAACUGUUCAUAGCGGGCCGUGACUGCCUGCCGGGGCAGGCCGUCGUGGACUCUGUGGACGAGAACCUUCAGGCUAGUCGUCGUGUCCUCCUGCUCUACACCGCUUCCACUUUCAUUAAAGAGAGGCACACGAGCAGCACCAGCAGUAACAACAACAACAUUACGAAGACUGGCGAGGAGGUUGAUCAAAUCGAAAGUAGGACCAGUGAGGGCGAUGGCGGCGUGGGUUAUGGUGGUUACGACAAAGCGUUUUCGGACACAAGGCAGCAUCUGGAAUGUGUGGCAUCCAUGAGCAGAGCGCUGCUGGAGGGCUCCUUAAAGGUCAUUCUGGUGGAACUGGAGGAGAUCACGCCGGCCCAGCUGGCCCUCUUCCCUGAGUCGGUUCGCCACCUGAGGAAGAAACAGGGCGCCGUGUGCUGGUGGAAGGCUCUCCAGACGAGGCAAAAACGGAGGACAUGGAGAGAAGACGAGGAAAGACGUGGAAAGGAUUCACAAGUGUCACCGUCCCUCUCUCCUGCCUCCAGGUUUUGGAAAGAAAUUAGGUAUCAUAUGCCAGUUAGAGGCAAGAGGGCGGUUUAUCCAGAGAAAACUGCCCUGUUGAACUUAUGACCCAAAUGGCCAAAGGACAUUUAUGCCACUUCUUGUCAGUUAUGGGUCCGGUGUUGUGCAACGUGUACUGAAAUCGAAGAAACCUCAAAACUAUCUGAUGUGUACAGCAUGACAGCUAUUUCUGAAAACAAGUGUUGGAAUUGUUUUCUAAGUGUUUAUGUAAAUUAGUGUAAAUACAGUUGUAAAAGUUCAGAAAAUAUUUGUACAUAUUUGGUCUUGCUUUUAAGAUUGUAUAGAGAAAAUGAAAGCUGUGAGUUUUUUGUACACUAAAAAUGGAAAUAUGAGCCAUUUGCAAAACAGUGGAAAGAUUCUCCAUCAAACUUUUUUUUAAAAUAUUUUGGUAUUUAACAUUGUUUGAAAUGUUUUUAAAUAAAAGAGAAGUUUAUCAAAAUAAACGUGACAAUUAUUACCUUGUUAACUUGAUUGUGGAUAAAGAUAUGAAAGCGAGCUUCAUUAUAUAAGGCAGUGGUUCCCAACCACCGGGCCGCGGACCGGUACCAGUCCGUGGACCAAUUGGUCCCGGGCCGCACAAGAAAUAAUUAAAUAUGUUCAUUCUAUGUAUUGAGUCUGAAAGUGUUUAUAAUAGUUAUCUAAUGUCUAAAGUCAUUAUACAUAAGAUAAGUAUAGAUAUAUGUACUUCCAUUUAUAGGUCCCGUCACUAAGAUUUCCUGUAAAGACAUUUUUUUUUGUAAAGUAAU